ACAUUCGAGUACGACGGUCGGUCCAGAAGCGGUUAUUUUCGCGAGUGCUGCUCACUCGGUUUUACCAAUUUUUUGUGUGUUCCGUUUUCGUUUUUGUGGCCCUGGUUUGUUACUUGGUUUGGGGCCAGCUACGACGCGUUAAAAAAAGAAUUGAUUUUUCGGUGUGAGCUGCCCAAAUUCGAGCAAAAAUCGGCAACAGUUGCGAUAGGUGCAAAACACAAGCGCAGUCUUCUCGGAAGGAAUACAUAAAUCAUUCGCGGAAGCUUUCGAGUGUAAAUUUCAAAUUGUGAAGAAAAAGUUGAAAAAUUUCCAAAUGAUUGAUUGUGUAUGGUGUGUGUAGUUUUAGUUUAGUGCGUAUUCUAACAAAAAAAAAAGUUGAAGAAAAAUAUUAUUCAAAUAGUGCUUCCGGUACUAAAUUACACCUCACCCUCACCUAUUGUGAAGAAAAUGGCCAACAAUCGUCACCUCUAAAGUACCACACGGGCCAUUCGAUUUUGAUUGGAUUAUUGUGCAAAUCAAGCUGCGGCGGGGGCGUUGCAGCGAAAUAACGCGCUAUCGUGUGUCGUGUAAUAAUUCUGAACAACUCAACCUCCGGAGAAACUGCAGCCGCUAGCAAGCCGCCACAUACUACAGCUCGCCCUGGGAAAAGGAUAUUCAAAUUUGCUGUUACUACAUGUUCUGAAGCGCCGUCCGGUUCCAAGCCACGGGGAAGACACGUCGCAGGAAUAAAUAUUUGCCCUCCGCCACAACCGGCAGGACCGCCUCGCAGCAGACGGAGGAAGAGGCACCUUCAAAAGUGGCAAGAUGUCAGACGACGAUAAAGAGUCCUCUGUACGGGUUGCCGUCAGAAUCCGCCCGCAGAUACCACGCGAGCUGAUAGACAUGUGCCGGGUGUGCACCCAAGUCACGCCCGGUGAGCCCCAGGUCUACCUCGGGUCCGAUAAGGCCUUCACCUUCGACUACGUGUUCGACACGAACGGCACGCAGGUUUCCGUGUAUGCCAACUGUGUCGAGAAGCUUGUGGAGGGCGCCCUCAAGGGUUACAACGGAACGGUGCUAGCGUACGGACAGACUGGCUCGGGCAAGACCUACACCAUGGGAACGGGUUUCGAGCGGGACAUUCCGGAACAGCAGGAAGGCAUCAUCCCACGGGCGGUGCGCCAUCUGUUCGAGGGUAUCACACAGCUGCAGGAGAAUCCGUACGACGAGGAUGGGGUGUAUUUGGGGUCGUUGCAGUUCAGCGUGGCGGCCCAAUUUAUGGAGCUUUACAACGAGGAAGUGAUCGAUUUGCUCGAUCCGUACAGUAAGGGACGGUUGUUUAAAAUUCACGAGGAUGCGACGGGUGGUAUUUCGGUGGCGGGAGCGACUAUUAAGCCGCUGAGUGGGCCACAGGACGCGCUGCGUUGUUUGCAGCAGGGCGCGCUGGCCCGAACGACCGCUUCCACACAGAUGAACGAACAGUCUUCGCGAAGUCACGCACUGUUUACGAUCCUGAUCCGACGGCAGCGGGUGAUGAGCGCGGAAGAGUCCGGGAAUCCGGAGGGCGAUUUGGAGACGCUCACGUCCAAGUUUCACUUUGUGGAUUUGGCGGGGUCGGAGCGGUUGAAGCGAACCGGAGCGACGGGGGAACGGGCUCGGGAGGGAAUCUCCAUCAACUGUGGGCUGCUGGCGCUGGGGAAUGUGAUUUCCGCGCUCGGCGACAAGGCCAAGAAGGUGUCGCACGUACCGUACCGGGACUCGAAGCUGACGCGGCUACUGCAGGACUCGUUGGGAGGCAACAGCCAAACCAUUAUGAUUGCGUGCGUGUCGCCGAGCGACCGGGACUUUAUGGAGACGCUGAACACGCUCAAGUACGCGAACCGGGCGCGCAACAUUAAGAACAAAGUACAAAUCAACCAGGACCAGAGCUCGCGUACGAUCUCGCAGCUGAGGCGUGAAAUAGCCGCCCUGCAGCUGGAGCUCGUCGAGUACAAGCAGGGCAAACGCAGCGUCGAUGCCGAGGGUAAUGCGGCCGUAUCGGAUACCUUUUUGGAGAACGCCAUGCUGCUGCAGGACAAUAAGCGACUUCAGCAGAGGCUCAAAGCGAUGCAGGAGACGAUCAACACGUUGACGGAGAAGAAUGCUACGCUGCAGGCCCAACAGGCGCUGUCCGGGUGGUCGUCCGGAAGUACGGAGGAUAGCGGUGGUGUGGAGAAGGAUAGGGAGGGUGAUGGAGGCGGUGGCGGAAGCAGAGAAUCGCCCAUGCAACAGCUGAUCGCCGGAUACAUUUGUGAGAUUGAGAAGUUGAAGGCGAAGUUGAUCGAGUCGGAGCAGAUGUUCCAGCAGCUAAAGAAGGCGCAGGCGAGUCCGUCAAAGCUCGGGUUGAAGAGCAAUUAUUCGUUUAUUGAGGAUACGACUGAGACGGUGAUCAAUUUGGCGAAACGGGAAUUGGAGAAGGAGCGGGAGCUGUUGAUGUCACGAUCGUUGCCGGGGUUGGAGAACGAUAGUAGCAAUCAAAGUUUGGAGGAUGGUACGGACAGCGAUUCGGACACGGAGUCCGACGAUAAGACUGGGGAGCUGCAGGCGGAGAUCAACGACAUCAGCUCGGAUAUUGAGAUCAAGACCAAGUUGAUUGAGCAGUUGGAGUUGUCCCAGCAGCGCAUGCAGGUGAUGCGACAGCAGUACGAGGACAAGCUGCAUGUGUUGAACGCGAAGAUUGUCAACACGCAGAAGGAGCGCGAUCAGGUGCUGGCGAACAUGAGCGGAUCGGGAGUUCCGGUGGGAAGCGCACAAACCGAUCGAAUCCGGAAGGUGAAGGAAGAGUACGAACGGAAACUUUCGGAUAUGCAGAAGGAGAUGAAGAAGCUGCAGAUGGCACAACGGGAACACAUCCGGCAGCAACGCGAGUUGCAGGCGCAGGAUGCCCAGUUGAAGACACUUCGAGGUGAACUAAACGAGCUAAAGCAGAUCAAGAUUCGGCUGAUGAAGAAGAUUCAGGAGGAGAACAACAAGCACAAAGAGUUGGACAGCAGGAAGACAAGGGAAAUCGCUCAACUGAGGAAGGAGAGUCGCAAGCAGGUGAACAUGAUCAAGUCGCUGCAGGCGCAGGGCGCGGCCAAGGAUCAGGUGUUGAAGCGGAAGACGGAGGAGGUGUCCAAUUUGCGCAAGACGCAGCGUGGAAUGAUGAGCAUGAAGGCGGCUGGCCGGUUUCCGCCGAAGAAGUCGGAAAUCGCUCAGAACACGAAGAAUCUCAAGGCCAAGUGGGACUCGCUGCAGCGAACGGUUACAAGAGCGGCGCGCAGUCGGCAAGCCGUGCUUGAACUGGAACGAGAGCUGGAAAGGUUGCUGCAGGAGCGUGACGGACUGAGCCGCGACUUGGUUACGGUUCGCAACCGGCAGGGUUUGGGAGACACGGCGGAGUUGAUCUCCGAGGAAGACACCAUCCUCGCCAACAUGAACUACAUUCAGGAGAACAUUACCCAGAUUCAACAUUCCAUCAUGGAGUUGGAGGAGGGAAAAGAGUCCGCAACGGAGCACAUCCAGCUUCAGAACAUCCUGGAGAAUAUCCGCACCGUCGACGAGGCCAAAUUUAUCCUGGAGAAACUGUGCGUAGCAUCGAUUGGGCAGGUCUGCGAGGCGGCCCUUACGCAGACACGGCUGAAGGAGCGCGAAGCACUGCUGAACGAAGUCCAGCAGGACAGCUCCAUCCAGCAGCAACUGCUGCAGCACAUUCUGGCCAGGACGCCUGCGGCAACGCUCUCCGAUACCAGCUUCAGCUCGGGCCAGUCGAACCACUCGAACGUGGUCAACACGAUGCUGCACGCCGCAGCUCUCUCGAACGGCAUUUCGGCGGCGUCUACGUACGAGAAUCGCAACGAUGCCUCGGAUAACGGCUCGUACGUGAUCAACACGCUGACGAGGAGUCCUUCGCCGAGCAGCAGCACCGAACUCGAAAACGAUAACGAUAGCAUUGUCACCUACAGAAACUCCUCCAAGCUAAGACGAAGACCCGCCGCGGACUCGCUGCCGUACGGGGCCGCUCCUCCGUCCACCGCCGCCGGCGGCAGCAAGCUUGAGAAAGUGGGUAUUUGUAUUUAUCUUGAGGAUUCGGCAGAUGACGAUGACACGAUGAUACGCUCUCCGCAGGACGAGCACGGAGGCAGCGUGGGCGGCAUCAUGACCCGGUUGUACACUGCCGCCUCGUCGUCACUGCCGUAUUCUAGUGGAGUCGGAGAUCUGCAGCUGCCGUCGCAGACCACGGUUCCGUCCGGUAUUCCACAGCCGGUGGCCAGCAAUGGAAGCCCGGUUGGGCGCAGCUUUGUGCCACUGUCGCGGGUUCCCAGCGCUCCGGGAUCGUUGAAAGGGUUGCAGCCAGUGCCAAACAUAUCUCGCCAAAACAGUACCGCGUCACCGCUUUUGUCCCGCAAAUCGUUCGAUCCGAGCAGCGGCGCACCGCCGUCACCCCGGAUCUCCCGGCGGGCUUUCCCGAGCAAGGCAUCACCCGGAAUUGAGGACAACGACAUCCCUACCUCGCCACCGGUUUAUCGACGGGGAACUUCACGGGAGGACACCGGAGACGUGUUUUCGCGGCUAGGAGCCGGAACGCAGGAUCCUUCGCCCGGUGGAAAUAUCAAGGAGUACAUUGGGAAGCUCAAGGCAGGAUCACCCCUCAUCUGCACGCAUGUCGUCGAAGGUCACAGCAAUUCCGUACUGUCCAUCAAAGUGUCCAACCAGACGCUGUUCACAGCGGCAGCAGAUCGCACAGUCAAGGUGUGGGACCUGCGCAGCGGCUCCACGCCCCACUGCCUAACGGGCCAUUUAGGUCCGGUGGCGGCCGUCGAGUGCGACCCGACCAACAAUCUGCUAUUCUCCGCGUCGGGUGCCUUCAUCAAGGUGUGGGACCUGCGCGAGAGCAACAUCCGCCCGAUGGUGACACUGUGUUCCUCCGGAGCGAUUCUUCCGGCGAAUGCUUCGCUGUCCGAUCUGAUUCCGGGCGAGUGCUCGAUCACGGCGCUGAAGUUGGGAGCUUCGGGCAAGUUGUACACGGCCGCUUCGGAUAAGGUGCGAAUUUGGGACUUGCGGACGUUUUCCUGCCUCGGAAGGCUUUCGGGCGGACACCAGGCUGCGGUUAUGUGUCUUACGGCCUGGGAAGGGCCCAACAACACUGAUCUGGUGGCAACCGGUUCCAAGGACCACUACGUCAAGGUGUUUGAGGUUAACUCGAGCGGAGGAACGGUUCCGCCGCUGCUCAACCUGGAACCGCCGCACUACGACGGAGUGCAAGCCCUGGCGGUGGCAAAAGAUGCAACCGGCGUCGACGCCGAGCUGUUCUCUGGGAGUAGAGACUCCGGUAUCAAAAGAUGGGACCUGCGUACCGGAGAGCUCAAGCAGUCGCUCAACAACGCCCACAAAGGUUGGGUCUCCGGAAUGGCCAUUUACGGCGAUACUCUGCUGUCUAGCUGUCGUGGCGGCGUUAUUCGCCUAUGGAAUGUCAAGAAUUGUGAUAGUCUAGCGGAGAUGAAGACGGACCAGUCAAUUAACGACAUCGUCACCGCCGACAACCGCGUCUUCACGGCGUCCAAUACCGGUGGAGUUCGGAUUUGGCGCUUUGCUUCUACGGAUGUGGAGUCGCUUGGUGGUGGCACCGGUACUAGUGGCGGUGGCGGUGGUGCCAGCAAACUUAAACGUUAAACGUAACCUCGAUUCUGAAAGAGUGCUUGCUACCAAAGAGAUUCGCUGAACCACCUACGCCGCAGUUGAUAGCUAACACACAUUUGAUCUAUAGUCGAUGUAGAUUGGAGCAUUUCUUACGCCUUCUGGUAGAUUCUUGCUUACGUAACAAAACGAUUCUAACCGAAUAGGAAGCGCUACGCUGUAAUACUAACUUAACUAAUUUAUGUGUCUUGUUCUUAUGUAACUAUUCUACUAACUAUUGAUUGGAAACAGCUGACUGAUUUGGUACCGUAGAAAUAUUAUGGCAAUUGUAUGCAGGGUAAACAAGAUUGAAUGGAAAACGUUUGACUUUAAAAGUCAAGCAAAGAGCUACUGACUAGAAGAGAUACGAGAAACGAACAGAACAGGGAUCAAGAAUGGCAUUUACGCAGUAGAUUUACAAUCAAAAAGUCUGGGCGGUAGCUUAUUUCUUUUGAUUUCCCUUUAGCUAUUUUUGUAAUCCGUAUUUUUUUUUCUUCCCUACCUUUAUCCUCUCUGCGAAAAAAAACAAUCAAAAAGGUUAUGGUCGAAGCUCACGUUGUGGCUUAUGUUUGUAGUUUGGCUGUUGCAAUUAGUAGUGUUCUUUUUCUGUCCGCUAAGUCGCGGUGGCCAUCAACAGCAGCAACAUUACCUUGGGCCUCGGGCCGUUCCGCCGUCAAUGUGCUGUUAGAGAAAGUUGUGGAACAUUACAGGGGGUUGACGGCAAGGUGCGCCUGUGGCGGGUAUCGUCCGCGAUCCGGCGGCUGAGCGCCGAGAACAGAUGACGCCAGAGCACGGAAGCGAUGCUGGACAGAAUGAUGUACAACUAUCAGAGUAUGCGCAACAUUCACGCCGCGUCCGCUUCCGAGGCUGCAGCAGCAACGGGUCUGGAAAGCAGCAGCAGCAGCAGCAGUAAAGCCAGGAGAGCGAUGGUCACAUCACAACCGCCGCCGGUUCCGCCGAGUCGGUCCAGCCUGUCGUCCCAAUCGUUUACCUCACCAUCGUCAAGCUCGUCGUCGAUACGUAACAGCCGGUUGUACCGGAGUCUCAAUCACAACUACCUGGGGAUACUUAGUAAGGUCAACAGCAGGAGGUAGUCUCGGUAAAAACUAACGGGCCUAGAAACUCUUUCCCAGUUCAGUUGCAUGCGCCAAUUAUAUAGGAUAGACUUGAUUAGCUAGCGGCCUAGAUUGGCUAUGCAGAAUCAAAUAUUGGAAAGACACACUUCUGAGAAAACGCGAUAAAACAGGGUUUCAAUAGACUUCCGAACUGCACACAUACACACACCACAUGGUUCACACAUCGACUGGGAGAAAAUAGCUUUAAAAUGGCCGGAAGGCAACUCUUGCCUUCAUCCGUAACGGCAAUCGAUCCGAAUUUCGUAUCCCUCCCUUAACUGUUAGGAUAGGCAAACAAAGCAAAGCAGGAGAACAAAUUCUGCACGAUCAAGGCAAAAAGACAGUAUUUUAUUUGUUACGCACCCACCUUUUUUUACGCAACCGUAUCCACACACCGAGAGAGAGAGAUUCACUGCGCAGAUUUGUACUCAAAAGUUGUUCACACGCCGCAUGCACUCACCCACCCACAUUAAGCUCGAUAUUUAACUUGCGACUGUAUGUAUUCUAUCUAUUCACCAUAAAUCUAUAUAUUCGGAGAACAAAACAGGCCCAAAUGCGAUUGGUUGUGAUGUAGUUGUAAGCGAGAAAGAGAGAGAGAGAAAGAGAUAUUGUAAAAGCUUCGGUUUAUUUUUUGUUUGUGCGCGUCACUUAUUAUUAAAGUUUAGUUUGUUUUAUUAAAUCAGUAUUCGUUUCUUGUGUUUUGAAAAAAAGCUACUGCCCCCGCAACGUUUCAGUGCUUAACUAUUUAACAACACACACUCACACGCCCUAGUAUUACGUGAACGCAAUACUUGUGCGCCAAGUAUUCGCCUUAAAUCUCAGCGUAUGUUUAGAUUGAAACAGAAAACAAAUAACUUUUAUUUACUUACCCAAAUUUUAAGGCUUUUCGGUUUCUAACACAUUUCCUAAUCUCUAGGCAUAUCUGGACAGAAAAAAAAUAUACAACAUUGCUAAGUAGAAUAGCGGGAGACAGCAAUUAAUCAAUAAUUAAUCUGAUAACAGAUUUUUACAGUAUCACAAUAAAGAAAGAAAGUAAGCUAAAAAAAUAAACAGUUUGUUAGAGUUCAACAUAUAUAUAUGCGAUGAUACGAGUGGUAUGAAAUGACAACACAACACUGAAGUAUUAGUGGUCGGAAAGAAGAAAGCAAACAGGUUAGUUUAUAUCAAUCAAAUAAAAUGUUCGCUCAAUACUCU